AUGUCAGUGCUUGACGCGUAUAGCUUCCGCGAGGAGAGAGUGCCAAGGUAUGGCUAUGGCGGCAUCGAUCGCGGCAUACCAAGGGUGGGCUACAAUGGUAGCAACGAGAAGGUGGUCAUCAAAUCGAUGAACCAAGAUCCCAGGGUCUUCGACAUGGAUCGCAUCGAGGAAGAGUUUGAUCUCAUGAUAGAGUGCGAGCACAAGAACGUCCUCAAGGCUCUCGACGUGGGCACCGACGAGCACUACUACACUUACAUGGUUUUGGAGUAUAUCGACUGUGAUCUCAUGGACUUCUUCGGCCAGGACAAGGUAUACUACAGCAUCUCCAAGGCGGACAAGAUCCGGGAGAUCCUGCGCCAGAUUCUUUUAGGGCUUGCAUGCAUGCACGGACGUGGGGUGGCGCACCAGAACGUCGGCUACUACAGCCUGCUGGUCAAGCGCAAUUACGACGAGUUUGUGGUCAAACUGACGGAUUUCAGCUGUGCGAGGAGGAUUACGACGCCGGCGAACCCGGAGAUUGCGGGAUCACCGGAAUACAAUGCUCCGGAAGUUCUUCGCAUGGAAGCCGAGAGGAUGGGAACUACGGCUGAUAUUUGGAGUGCCGGUGUUGUUUUUUUGCAGAUGCUAAUGGGAUACAACCCUUUUUACCCUGGGAUUAGUCAUCAGAAAGAGAGAGAAAAGGUGGUGGACGAGAUUCAUAGAUUUCUUGACGAAGAUAUGUUUAAGUUGAUUGAGGACAAGGCUGCAGUGGAAUUGUUGAAAGGUAUGCUAGCUUGGGAUCCAGAGAAGAGAUUUACUGCCGAAGAAGCGUUGGAUUCACCAUACUUAGCGGUACAAACACCACCGGUUAUUAGAGAAAACAAGGUCGUGGUGAAAGUAGAAGAUCGCCCCUCUACAGGUUUUUGGACAGAGGUUGCCAAGAUCUUCUCGCUGGCUUGA